GCUUUGACUCUGAUGCUCCCCAUCAACCUAUCUUGCCAUAGUUAGGGUUUAUUGUCUUCAAUCCGUAUCGAACACACCCUUCCCUUCAUCUUAUGUUGGCGCCCAUUUUGGUGGAACUGUCUUGGUCUGCUCUCCCUCCACCUUUGAGCAUUAUUGUUGGAUUUGUUGUUUUGUUCAUAUUCUCUCCAUCCAAACAAUCACAGUGUGUGUACCACCACAAAUGUUUACUUUCUAUUGCUCUAGUUACCCCAUUCUUGACUUCUAUUGUACAUAUCCCUUCCUAUUGUGGUCACUCAAAACACCACAUGAGCCACGAUACCACUUGUUGGCUUUACUUCCUUUUAACUUGAACAUACAUUAACCUCUGCUGCAGUUCCAUUUUGUGGAUUCAAGGUCAUCCUCAACUCACACCAAAUCUUCAUCUCGGUAACCUUCAUAAACAGUCCUUUAAGCACACCAUCCUGUUGG